AUGUACAAGUGUGUGUCGGGGGCGAGCAAAUUAAUUAGGGAAUACAAGAAGCAUCCAACCUCAGGAGCAAGAGUCAUCACUCCAGAGAUGCAACAAACUCUUGAUGAUGCUGAUAAAGCCAAGAAAUGGGGCAAACCAAAGCAUUUGAAAGAGGAGGUAAACUUCUCUAUUCCAACGCCUCCACCAUCACCUACUUCCACUUCUGUUCCUAUUACAACAACACCUUUCCCACCACCUAUUACUACUCAAUCACCACCUGUCACUACUAGACAACCCAUUUUCACUGAAACCAUUACUACCACCACCACAGGAAAACCUUCUGUCAAUGUUAACGGAUCUUAUGUGGGGGCAAAGAAUUCAAGUUUUGCAACUACUUAUACCACAUCUCCCAUUUCACCUCAGCCUCAACAUAGUUCUGAAGACCCUCUCAGUGCAGAUGGAUUGGACUUUGAUAUGUUUCAUUAUAGUGCGUUCUCCAUACAAGAAUAUAGUGAUGAUGAUGCUCCUCUUACUAAAAGGCAUCUUAAAUAUUUACAAUGGAACCUGGAUAGUCUUCUGGCAUCUUCUACUGUCUCUUCAAGCCAAGCUUACUCUGAAGCAUCAGUUAAGAAUAUGCUAAAUACUCUGGUGACAGAGCAUGCUGCGAACCUUCAACAAGCAAACAAGAGCUUAAUAUUGCGGAUGGUGAAAGAGCAUGCCGCGAACCUUCAACAAGCAAACAAGGCUGUUGAGAGCUCCACUCUUUCCAAUCAACAAGCGACCGAAAAAUCCGAUAAACUAAUCUCAGACACGAAGACUUUUAUCUCAGAGCUUAAUACUGCGGCUGAAGCAAAUGUUGUCAGGGAGAAUGAGGCCAUUUCGAAGCUUAACAAUUCGCUUAGAACUGAAUGA